GUUAAACUAAUUUAAGUGACCGUGAAUGAAAUAAACUAAUUUUAAUGACAAACGUGACAUUUUUCAGUAACUUAAGUAACCAAACUUGCAAUUUACCCUUUUCAAUUCAUUCCAUUUCCCCCGCGCCGUUUCGCUUUCUUCACUCAUUUCCUGCAGCCGUCCCUCUAUUUAUUCUUUCCCUUCUUAGUUCGUGUGUCAUUGCUGAUUCCAUUUACAAGACUGAAUUAUGAACCCCACCAAAAUCCCGAGGUGUCAUGACCGGAAGGUCGGAAAGCCGGGAAUCGGCGGCGACAGGCUCAGCUUCCUAUCGGACCGAAUACUCUCCCGCAUCCUCUCUUUCCUGCAAACCAAGCACGCCGUUGGCACCGCCGUACUGAGCCGACGCUGGAAGAAUCGCUGGACCAGGGUUUCCAGUCUCAAUCUCGACAACAGCUUGGCCACUAACGGCGGUACGCCGUCGAAUCAAGAGACGAGAGACUUGGAGUUCUGCCGCUUCGUCGAUAGGGUUCUGAGCGAGCACCAGAAUCUCAACUCUCUGAGGCGUUUCCGCUUCCAUUUUUCACUGGAGCACUUCAAGGAAGAGGUUAGUCCAGAUUACUGGUCAAAACUGGAAUUGGCUGCUGAGGAGUCUGAGCUUGAGGAAAUCGAUGUUAGUUUUGAUGGGUUCGACCGAUUUAGACAUCUCUCUGGCAUGCGUAGGCUACCUGCGGCCUUCUACGCUUUGAGGAAUCUGAAACAAUUGAAGCUCGAACGUGUUGUGAUAGUAGUGACUGAAGACGGGUCUGUUUUUCUUCCUAGUUUACAGAUCUUGGAGCUUUUAUAUGUGGAGACUAUGGACUGUGAGUCACUAAGGAGGCUCAUUUCUGGCUGCCCUAUUUUAGAGACUGCUCAUCUGGACAACUGCUACUCAAACAUGGAUGAAAAAGGCACACUCACUGCUUCCUUGCCAUACUUGAAGAAUCUGACGAUUGUUGGUUAUACUAGGAAGUUCUUUCCCAUCGCCAUCGAAGCACCGAGUCUCGAGCAUCUGCAUAUUCGGUAUUUUCUAGGGUUUCAAUGGUUGGGCAUUAGUCAAAUGCCAUACCUUGUUUCAGCAUGGGUUGAGGGCCGAAUCUCAGAUGGUUGCUUGAUUGGUUUCCUCAACCAAAUCUGCAAUGCAAAGGAAAUGUGCUUAAGAUGGGAGACUCUUGCUCCUCUUGCAGUUGCCAAUGGUGAUGUCCAGCUGCCUAGCUUUCCCAAUUUGACACGCUUGACAAUCAAAUCUGAUGGAUGCAGAAGCAGCCUUCUGCAUUCACUGCUCAGCUCAGCCCCCAAAUUACAAUCUCUCGUCAUUGACUUGGAAUUUGAUGGGAAAUUUUCUGCAAAGAAUUGGAAGUCGGAACCUGCGUGCACCCCCAAGUGCUUGUUGUAUAGCCUCGAGGAAAUUGAGAUCCAAGAUUUUGUAAUAAAAAAGGACGAUAUGAAAAUGGUAGCAUAUUUGCUCAAGGUUGGAGCUGUACUGAAGAAGGUGAACGUUUACUUGUUUGAUGAUGAUAUUGGGAGAGACAAAAAAGGGCUUUUAUCACUGCUGAAAUUGCCAAGACGAUCAAGAGCAUGCAAAGUUCAGACUUUUCUUCUUGGCGAGGAGUUCUAUGGCGAUAGCAACAACGAUUCUGAUUUUGAUGAGUCUGAUGACUUUGAGGACAGCGACGAAUGAUGAUGAUUACAUCGAUGAUGGGACUGACGACGUGGACAAUGUGAUAGACUCAACUGAUGGCGAGGUCGGUGUGUUUUGUUCAUGCGAAUCUGAAUUAUUCGGUUCAGGAUAAUCGUUGGUUCAAGCUCUUGCCUUGCUUUUAGCUGCCUAUUAGACUAGUAGUGUUAAUCCAAGUUUGAGACGUGGCUUUGUUCUGUUAAGAAGAGCAUGCAAUGCACUACUGCAUGAAGUAUUAUAAGUACUUUUGUAAGAGUGUAUUCACUGCAGUUUCGACUUGCUUUCUUUUCGAUUUAUUCCUCUGAUAUGCCCUUCUCUCAUGGAUCGAACUUGAUCAAACUAGAUCCAUGUUUUCAUUACAAUCCAAUCAAGAGGUAUUUUGUUG